AUGUUCUCGCUUGAGUGGUGUGAGCGGAAAGCCCGACGCCUCGAACUACUACCAAAAGAGCCCUUCGAGGAAGUCGGUCGCAGCACGUGGCCAAGCCAGCACAUAUUGUGCAGCGUGAUCAAUUCAUCUGUCGAGGGCAUCCUCGGACGCGUACCGGAUAUCCGCAGCACAUACCAUAUCCACAGCACCGCCGACACAAGCACCGUGAAUAGCGGCGAUCACGGGUUUGUUGCACUGAUAACAAACGACAUGAGCGUACGGGGGGAAAAUCGAUUGCAUACCUUCUCCAACCAAUUGAACGUUUCCUGCAAGUCUUCAGCAACACGGCGCAGAGCCAAAGCGAAACGAGCCGCAUCAUUUGAAUGUGCCUCGGCGAAAAUAGACGGAAUUUCAGUUAAAUCCAUGCCUGAAGAGAAUGGACCGAAACGUGGGAUACAAACCAGCAGAAAAGAUUUCGCCCUGUGCAGAAAGCACAACAACGCGGGUUGA